UACGAAAAUUGUAAUUAUUAAAUGGCACAUGUGUUUCCACCUGCGGAAGAGUUAAUAAUAUUGCACCACCACCAAACGCCAGGCCGUAGGCGGCCAAAGUCGUGUUAAAUGUAUUUCGCGCGUUUUUGCCGCUAGCGCUUGAACGCCGCGUGCCGCACAGAAUCCUGUUAUAUGUUUUUCGAAUUUAACAAACAAUUUUUUUUGUAUGUGUACGUAAUUGUGUGUGAGAGAGAAAUAACACAAAUGUUUCAAUGUUAUUGAAGCAAAAGUAAAGGAACCUAACGCAAAUUUUACCUGUGUCCGCGUAUACAUGUACAUGUUCAUAAGUGUGCGCAAGUGUUGGCGUCGCUAAUAAAAAGUGCAUGUGAAUAGAGAGAUAAAGCAAGAGAAAGAAGAGUGCCACCGAAGUCAGCAAGGCAGAUGGAAAAUAGUUAAUAAAAUCCAACAAAUAAUUGGCAAAUAAAUAUCCUUUCAAAGAGUGGAAAAACCAUCCCCGAAGAUAACGAAAACGCACACUCGCACACGCACACGCACACACACAGCCGAAAGAAGCAGCAGAAGAAGAAGAGAAGCAAAAACGAAGCCGACUGCAGUGCGUUGCACACUUGUGUGAGUGAGAAGGCGACAAAUUGUGUCUGUUUCUUUGUCAGUGUAUUGGUGGAUGUGGAAGUGAAGCAAAAAGCAACAAAAAAAAGAGUGCUUUUUGCAAAUAUUGUAUUUGCCGCCGGGGUACAAAUUCCAAUUGGAAUACGAAUAAUUCUCCCCAACAGCCCCGCUGCGCCUGCGUGCCGUCGGAUCGAAAAAUAUUCGAAUGGCGCCACAAAAGUCAUUGAUUGUCCAAUGAAUUUCGACUUUCGCACAAUUUGCGAACAUUUCACACUCGAUUAUUGGCAUUAACAUACAAAAACAUUUUAUCAAAAUAACGAAACAAGUAUUUUGCAUAAAAACGAACGGGAAAGGAAAUCGAAAUCGAAAGGAACGAAACGAAACGAAUCGAACGAAACGGAACGCGACUGUACUCCCUGCUCCUCCCCAGACAAGGUCAUUGUCAUAGCCAUAGAGCGGAACGCUGGCAAACGAAACAAAACGAAACAAUGGGAAUAAGAGGAAGCCAUGCAGACAUGCAAAUGUUGAGCGAAUUUUAAGCUGAAGUUUAAGCCAAUUUACAUAAUAGCCAGCACACACUAACUAACAUACACACACACACAUCGAACACAUGGGAAACGCUACCAAAAAGAGAGCUUAAACAGAGACCGCAACAAUGGAAAUGCAACACGAAAGGAAGAAGGAAACAGGUGGAGAGCAAAGGAUAGAAACAGAAACAGAAAUGGAGAAAGAAACAGCAGCAACGACAGAAGCAGUGAUGCCGCCUCCAACGGACGAGGAAAGAGCAUCAAUAAGCAACCAAGAGACUGAAACAGCGGCCAUGAUGAAAGAAGGACCCGGAACCGGACCCGGACUCGGAUCCGGACUCGGGUUCGAUUCACCCACAACGAAACCCAUGAAAUUCGAGAGCAGCAUCGCAACAGCAGGGAUGAUAUUUGCGAUGCCGGCCACGCCCCCGAACAGGGGGCCGACACUUCUAACCACAAAAUCCGCUAGCAAUAGCCGCAGUAGUUCCCUCAAGAAACAGCGACGCGGAACGAAGGGGAAUGGAACGGGAACCAACGGCGGCGGCGGUGGUGGUGGCGCCACUGCCGGCCAGCCAUUGAACUACUCGAAGAACAGUGGCAAACAAUCGCAGUCGAUGACGUCACUGCAACCGAACGAAGAGGAGCAUCAGGAGCACCGACGUGAUGCCAUUCAGGCGAAGCUCCAUUUGGAGCGGCCCUACAACAGCCUCAAGAAAAACUCACACAGUGGCGGCAAGUACAACGGCAACAAAAUGCAUCGCUAUUCGUGGGGACAAAGCAGUCAAAGCAGUUCCACCAGCCUGCACAGUAGCGCCACUUUGGGCCUGGGCUCGUCCGGCAAAGACGACCUCUGGGCGGCCAUACAAACGAACUACAACUAUAUCAUGGACACGAACCUGCUGGAUACGUGCAAGGAGGCCAGAUGUGAGAUAGAGGGCGCCAGCACAGUACUCGAGAAAUCCAACGAAUGUUGUUUGAAGAUGCUCGAAGAAACCCAGCGACCGGAUGGUGUUCUCUGCGAGGAUCCCAAGGAGUUGCGUCGCUGGCUACGCGAAAUGGAAAAUAAAUUGGAGAUUUCCCCCACCAUCACAGAGCUCACUUUGUAUGGCAAUGCGGAAUUGCAGCGACAUUUGGCAGUUCACUCGGUGUUGUACCAUGAAAUUGUAUCACACGCCCGAGUGGUAAGCUCUUGCAUACGUGCCGCCGAAAAGGAACAGCAGUUGCAACAGCAACAGCAGCAACAGCAACUGCAGCAGCAGCAGCAACCGGCAUCGCUGACCAGCAAUUGCUCGAGUGAGUCGGCCAGCGAUUCGGCCACAAAGUCCAGCAGUUUGAGCAGCGGCUUUGCCUCUUACGCUGCGGUCAACACUCCCGUCGUUGGUGCCACAUCAGCAGCGGCAACAGCAGCAACAGCGGCAACAGCAGCCACAGCUGCAGCAGUAGCUCCAGCACCGACGUCAAAGAAGGGCGAAGGGAACUUGGAGAGGCUGAGGGAUCGCUAUCAUCUGCUCUAUCUCAAGGCAUUCGAGCUGCAGUUGUGCCUCGAUAAUCUACUGCGCAAGCGGAGCUCCACAGCGAAUGGUUUGGACGACGACGACGACGACGAGGACGUGGACGAGGACGACACCGAAGACGAUUCAUUUGGCUACGAGGGCGAGGGCGAUGCCGCCACCGAAGACGAUCUGAACGAGGUCAAUUCCGAUCUAGACUUGGAGCACGAACAGGACCAGGACCUGGAGAGUGAGUUUCUGGAGAACUCCCUGCCGGAGCUGAUACUGCAGCGGUGCCACGUGGUUGCGGCCACGGAAAUCGUCGUACAGUCGUCGCACAUCUCUCAGGAUCAGCCACGCGAUUGUCUUGCAUCCCAAAAGCCCGGCGAUGAGGCCGACGAGGAGCUAGAGGAGGAAGACGACGAAGAAGACGCAAAUUUGGGAGCCGAUGUGGUGGAUUUUUUGAUUGGAAAACGCCGGCAUCCGCAUCCCCUCAACCAUCCCCACACCGCCCACACCAAGGGGGCAGCCACAUUGACCGACUUUGAGGCAGACUCCGAGAGCAGCGACCUCGAGCAGGUGCAACAGCUGAGCCGCCGCGGCGUGGGCCUAUGCAACAGCCGCCGGGCGCCACCCUUGAUUGCCACACAGAUCGUGGAAAUGUCGCAGAACGGGAACGGGCACGGGAACGGCAUUAGCAGCAGCAGCAGCCACUCGGCCAUGCUGCAGCAGCGUCACAGUUUGGGCAACAAAAUGCUGCCCAUACAGAUAUCGAGUGGCGGCAACAGCAAGUCGGCUGGGGGCAAGAGCAUUGCCGUGGCCGUGAUCACGCCCAAUUCGCACGGCAACACCAGUCACGGGCACGGGCACGGGCACGGGCACGGGCUUGGGCACAGUCACGGGCACGCCAUGGGCCAUGGACAUGGCCUGAACGAGCUGAACAAAUCGCCGCUGGGUCUGCGGAAGACGACCCAUCGGCAUAAUGACACAUCAAAGUUCAAUAGGUCGAACCGCAAGUCGAAGAACUGCGCCAUCUUCUACUUCAAGCAUUUGGACACGGACAACGAGCAGUCGGCGGCAGCGGAAUGCAGCGAUCUGCCCAGCGAAGAUGAUCCCCAGAUUGGAGUUGGAGUUGGCGUCGGAGUUGGCGUUGGAGUUGGAGGCGACAUACUGAAAUCGGCUGAUGCCUCAUCGGAUGACGACGACGAGGGUUGGCACUACACUGCAACUGCCACUGCCACUGGCACUGCCACUGCGGCCACUGGAACAGCUUUGGAAGCCACUGGCACAACGAUUGCGGAUGGUCUGCAGUCGACGGCCGUUUCUUCAACAACUUCUUCGGGGGGAAAAGCAUUGCCCAGCGACGACUCUGAUAAGGAGAACAAGGAGGCUUUGGUUUCUACGACAACCACAGCGGCAUCAACAACAUCAGCAGCAACAGCAGCAUCUGCCACAGUUGUUGCCACAACAACAGCGGCAACAAGCAGCAACUACGACAGCAGCAGCGCCUGCUCCUCGUCCAACUCGAACGGCAGACACACAGAGACCUCGGCCACCUCGCGAGUCACUCAGAUGCAGCGCCCCAUGGACCUGGUCAUGCAGCAUCAGCAGCAGCAGCAGCAGCAGAAGUUGCAGAUGCAGAUGGAGUUCCAAUCCAGCGACAGACACAUCAUUAGCAACAACAAUUGCUACAGCCACAAACACUUGGAUUCAGCCAACAACAACAACGAGGAGGGGACAACACACGAUGGCGCAGAUGCAGAUGGAGAUGGAUCCCGAGGAGCAGAGGUGGAGCACCAUCGGAAAAUGGGGGGCGUUGAUGAGACAACCGCUGAUAUGGCAAAUGGAAAUGCCACCAAAUCUGCCCAGCAGCAUUUCUAUAGCCGUGCGGACAUUUGCAACAUCAGCGUGUGGCCCAGCGAGGCAGCAGCGGGAGCAACAGCGAGUGGCACCAAUGGCAAUCGGCAUUUGCCUCCACGAUCCCCAGCAAAGUCUGCGAAAUCAUCAAAGUCGCAGGCCAGCAGCAGCAAUGCCACCAUGUCGGCCUCCAUGAUGCUCUCCUCUCCAGUCAAAGUCUCGCAUGAUUCAAUCAAGCAGCUUGUGCUGGAAGCCGAGCAUCUGGUGCGCGACGCUCAAGAGGCCGCUCUGAAGACGCCAACGAAGCAGAAACAUUCCAUCAUCAAAAUCUCGUCGACGGUCAAGAAACGAGAGGUCCACAUGCCGCCGCCAAUCAAGCAGCGCGUGGAGGAGUGGCUGGAGCACCAACCAUCCACACCACAGCUGCUGACGCGCAGCCACACCCAUGAACUACUGCCUGGAUGCAAGCCCGAUGACUGCGAGGCCUCGGGCGAGGCAUCCGAAACGGACUCCGUGCCCCAGCCAGGGGGAGUCGCCCUCAAUGGCGGGGGAUCGGACACCUCCGAGGGCUUCACCGAUUCCAUAGCCACCUGCAUGCAGACGAGCACCAAUUCGUACGGCAACUCCACGGAGAGGAUCGGGGGCUCUGCAGAGCCCAUUGGCCAGCCCGUCACACCCCUGGGCUUCGGCAGCAGCAACCAGAGCCUGAACGUCAAGAUUGUGAAGCGUCCGCAGGCACGCCGCAAGUCGGAGCGCCCCUGGUCUGUGUCCUGCCUUUCGCAGCUGACGACAGACGCCGCCGGGCACCAGCUGACGACAGCGAUCGUCGCGGUGGGACAGAACUCCCCGCCGGGCCUGGCCAGCCACUCGAUCAGCGAGAGCGCCUUGGAUUCGCUCUCCCCGGGCCCCCGGCCACGUGCAGCCUCCUCUUCGGGCACCGGCAGCAAUGCGGCCCGCAAGAGCGACAGCAAGGGCUCCUUGAGGCGCCGAAAGGCGCGCAAGAAGCGCAUCUCGGCUGCCUCCGCAGGCAGGAAGUCGGACUCCGGCUCGGAGGCCGGAGGAGGGGAUCUCACCCAGACCCUCAUGAAGUCCUGCGAGUCCAUGUCCUCGCAGCAGCUGCAGGAGUUCACAAAUGCUUUGUUGAGCAUCCAGAAGGGAGCUCCAGGGAGUCCCAGAGCAGAGGCCACUCUGCUGGCUGAAGGCGACCCGGAGUCACAUCUGAUGUUGCCGAAGUUCCGCGUGGGCUCCUUCACCACCGCUGGCCUAAUGGCCACCGACACGAGGCUCGGAGCACUGGCAGCCCUGUCCAACUACAUGAACGAGGAUGAACAGCAAGCAGAACUCAGCACCGAAGAUCAUCACAGCAGCAUCUCGGAGACCGCCUGGGACAACUAUCAAGAGAAAUACAACUCGGAGAACUAUUCCGAGGGCUUUGAUUCGGAUGCGGCUCGUCGUCUCUUGGAAUUCGGCGACGACUAUCGCAAUUUCAUCGACUCGCAGUCGGAUGGCUGCAGUUCUUUGUCGGCGGCCAACAAUCUGGACUCGUUCUCACCGCCGCGCAUGGACUCGCUGCAGAGGCACGAGCUGAAGCCGCUGGCCAUCAACCAGGAGACCAUCAGCAGCAGCGUCGACCACGCCCGCCGCCAGAGAGCCCUGGAGCUGCAGUACGAGAGGCGUCGCAAGACCCUCGAAGUGAGACGCAAGUCGUGUCAAGAUAUGGAUGAGACCAUUAGCAAUACACAAAAGGAUAAGGAUCAGCAGAAUCUUCAGGCCCAGCCCUCACUCUCGGCCUCUGCCACAGCCCUGAUGACGCCUCCAGCGAAUCAGCAGCUGAAUCUGCGGACCGAAUCCGUGGGUCGCAAGCUGGACUUUGGCGCUGGUGCAGGUGCAGGGGCAGGCAUGAGCCACUCGGCCCAGUCCCUGCUCCGUCGCACUUCGGAGAGCGACACCUCCACCAGGAGACGCCGCACUGUGACCGCCGAUGAGAGGCGCCGCUCCUCCAGGAACCUGGAGAAGUCCAUCAAGCUGAUUCCAGCCUCGACUGGGUCAUCCAGCAGCGAUGACUCCGAGGACGGAGAGCAGGAGAUGCGUUCGCUCCUACAGCAGAGUCGCCAUCGAUUGGAGGACACUAGAGCCUUGAAGAUCAGAUGUCAUCUGCUUCGACCAGAAGAUUACAAUGAAAUCAUCAACACUUGCCGCGAUAACAUUCGCUGCCUGGAGGCCGUGCUCCGCGGUCCGCCCGGCACAGUCCUCUCCAACCAGUGCGCUGGCCAGACAAAAGAUCUGCUGUCCGCCUGGGAGGAUCUACUGUCCUGGAGCGAGAAUGCCUCUGCCGCCCGUCGCCUCCAACAGGAGAUGAGCGCCUUGAAGCAGACGCUCCAGCGAUUGGGCGAUAAACCCACUCCGGAAUUGCUGGACACGGAACCAGCUAUACAGAUAGCAGUGGAGGCCCUGAAGUCCGAACAGAGCCAGCUUUCCAGCUACCGCACACACAUGCUGCGUCUGAACGCAUCCGUCCACAGCUGGCUGACACGCCAGGAGAGACGCCUGCAAAGCGCUCUGGAGGAGCAGCACCAACAGAAUCCACCACAGGAGUCCGAACAACCAGUGAAGGAAGAGCAAUCUGGAAUGAAGGAGGAGCCCUCCAGCAAGAAGGAGGAGCAGUCCGCCAAGAAAGAGCUCAACGGAUCGGUGGCCAUCACCGUCACCGACAGCAAUGGCAACCAGGUGGAAUCGUUGGCCACCGGAGAGGCUUCCACUUCCACUGGUGCCUGGGAUGUCCACUCUCUGAUGUCCGCCGAACAGGAGUUCCACAAGCACCUCAAAAACGAGGUCAGCGACAUGUACAGCGCUUGGGAUGAGGCAGAUGCCAGAAUCAACACUCAACUGGAGAAGCUCACCGCCUCACUGAUUGCCUGGCGGCAGCUAGAGUCGGGCUUGAGUGAAUUCCACUUGGCUUUGGGACAGGAUAGAGGAACACUCGAGGGCCUCGAGGGUGCCCUGGACAAGGGACAGACCACGCCCGUAGAGCUCGCACAGAACGUGAAGCUGGUGGCCAAGCUGCUCUCCGAGAAGAUGCACGUCAGCCAGGAACAGAUGAUAGCCGUCCAGCAGCACCUGGACCCCAAUCAGCUCUACCACAUCGCAAAGUUCACGGCUUCGAACGGCUCCCUCUCCGACUCGGGCAUCUCCGAUGGUGGAGCCACCUCCGAUGGCGGUCUUUCCGAACGGGAACGCCGUCUGGGCGUGCUCCGCCGUCUGGCCAAGCAGCUGGAGCUGGCUCUGGCCCCCGGAAGCGAGGCCAUGCGCUCGAUUGCCGCCCGAAUGGAGAGCGCCGAGGCAGAGCUGAAGCACCUACAAAACACCUGUCGGGAUCUGAUUGUGCGAACCGCUGCCUCCCACCAGCAGAAGCAGCAGCACCAACAGCAACAGGUGGCUCCCAAGGUCAACGGGCAUGUGAAGAAGGCGAGUGCCGGCAAGGGGCAGGCGCAGGAGAAGCCGCAAUCUCCGGGAAAACGCAGAAACGCCCGCAAAACGCGUCAGGCACAGAAAGCCGGAGAAGAUCAGACAGAAGACCAUUCAGAGGAAAGGCAGAAGAAUGUCGUGAUCCUGACCAGUGGCGAUGGCGGCGGUGACCCCUCCGACGAUCCCUCGCUGCUCCUCAGCCUCGAAAGCGGGGAAGACGAUGGCGCAACCGAUGGGGACGAAGGAAAGGUGCCACCGCGCGGAUGGGCAUGGCGCAUCGCCCGUGCGGCAGUGCCAAUGCAGCUCGCGCUCAUCACGUUCUUCUGCGCUGCUUGCCUCAUGCAGCCCAACUGCUGCGACAAUCUCAACAACCUGUCGAUGAGCUUCACCCCGCAGCUGCGGUACAUUCGCGGCCCGCCUCCGAUUUGAGCGCCAGAAAGUCGCGUGCAUCUCGUUGUAGAUUAUGUUACGUUAUGUUAAGGCACUUAACAGUAGUAACUACCAGGUGUGGACACUGGACGCCCGUCCAUCCAAUCCAUGCAACAACCGCCGCAUUCGACGCGCAGCUCCAUAGAUGAGCUCGCUAGCGUUUUUAAACGCCCGCCCAACGGCAGUUGACGCGUUUUUAAACGUUCUGUGGAAAACGCAGCGCUCCUCCGGAGAGGGGGACAAUUUUUAUAUGUCUAAUUAUAGAUAGUGGUCGCGUAUUGGAACUUUAGUUAACACUAAGAAUAUUGUUUGUAAUUUCGGUUAAUUUCCUACGCGUUUAGGAUCCAAUUUUUGAUGAAUGAUGAACGAUUUACGAUCGAAAAGAACGAAUGAUGAUUGAUGGAAAAAGCUCAAGCUAAGCAAAACAGUACUUAUGAAAAAAAACUAUACUGGAGAGCCACAUAUCGACUACCGCAUGAAAGGGGUUUCCCCCGAGCAAUCCCCAACCCAAGGAACCCUUAAGAAUAGGUGUAUCUCCCAGAGGAAUCAGAGGAAUCGUCAAACCCAAGAAACCCACAGGAAAAUCCACACAUAUAUGACGAUAGAUCCCCAGUUAAUAUUUAUACGAACAAAUUUCAAGCAUUUUUUGUAGACUUUUUUGUUUGAAAAACACUAAAGUGCCUAAGAAAUGCGAACUGUGAAAAGGGAAGCCCCAAUGGGCAGAGAAUAUCCCUAGAGAGAACUAUGAAAAAUUGUAUCAAAAGAGAGCAAUCGUAUCCCAGGCAACAAAGCAAAACAGAAGCUAAAUGCCACAAAACUACAAGCGGAACCAGAAAUGGAUCUAAAAGCAAAGCCAGAACUAGUGCUAGAACUAAAACGGGAAGCAGAACUGGAAGUAAAAGUAUCUCUAAAACUGGAACUGGAACUGGAACCAGAAGUAUCCCUCAAACUGCAUUAAAAUCGAGAGUUUCUAUUUUUAUAUUCAAUGCAACUAUAUACACACCAUCCCCCAAUCGAUCCCCCUACCUUUUAUGUCUAUUAUAUUAAUAGGAUAUAGAUAAACCUUAUAAGAUUUUGCAAAACUAAAAAAAAAAAAAUGAAAAAAAUAUAUAAUUUUCUAAGAUCAUCUUAAAUUAUGAUUUAGUCGAGUUCUGGCAGUUAAAUUGUAAUCUAAGGGUUUUUUUUUUCUUCUUUAAGGUUUUCUAUACUUUGUGCGUUUUCAAAACUUUAAUGGCAGUAAAACAAGAACAAAAUA